UUCUCCUACUAUGGCAUGCGUGCCGUGCUGGUGCUGUACUUCAAGUACUUCCUGCGCUGGGACGAUGACCUGGCAACCUCCAUCUACCAUGCCUUCGUGGCCCUAUGCUACCUGACCCCCAUCCUGGGCGCCAUCGUGGCCGACUCCUGGCUCGGGAAGUUUAAGACCAUCAUCUACCUGUCCAUCGUCUACGCUCUCGGCCAGGUCGUGAUGGCCAUCAGCGCCAUCCAUGACCUCACCGACUACGACUGGAACGGCACACCCGACAACAUGACCCUCCACGUAGCCCUGUCCAUGGUGGGCCUGGUCCUCAUCGCUCUGGGGACGGGGGGCAUCAAGCCGUGUGUGGCGGCCUUCGGCGGGGACCAGUUUCAGGACCACCAGGAGAGGCAGCGCAGCACCUUCUUCUCCGUGUUCUACCUGUGCAUCAACGCCGGGAGCCUGCUGUCCACCAUCAUCACACCCAUCCUCCGAGCCCAGGAGUGUGGGAUCCACACCCAGCAGAAGUGUUACUCUCUGGCCUUCGGCGUUCCGGCAGCCCUCAUGGUGGUGGCACUGGUUGUGUUCAUCGCCGGGAGCGGUAUGUACCACAAGGCUGAGCCACAGGGGAAUAUCCUCCUGGAUGUCUGCAAAUGUAUUGGAUUUGCCAUUAAGAACCGAUUCAGACACAGAGGCAAAGAAUUCCCCAAGAGGACUCACUGGAUGGACUGGGCGGAUGAAAAAUACGAGAAACUCCUCAUCGCCCAAAUCAAAAUGGUGCUCAAGGUUCUCUUCCUCUACAUUCCCCUUCCCAUGUUCUGGACACUUUUUGACCAAAAGGGCUCAAGGUGGACUUUCCAGGCCACCACUAUGGAUGGAAACUUUGGUCUCUUAGUCCUGCAGCCCGACCAGAUGCAGACGGUGAACCCCAUCCUCAUCUUGACGCUGGUUCCCAUCAUGGACAGUGUGGUGUACCCUCUGAUCAGAAAAUGUGGGCUGAACUUCACACCUCUGAAGAGGAUGACCGUUGGAAUGUUCCUCGCCGCCAUGGCCUUUGUCGCUGCCGCCCUGGUCCAGAUCGAAAUUGAUAAAACUCUGCCUGUCUUCCCGUCGGGCGUCCAAAGCCAGCUGAAGAGCAUCAACCUGGGGAGGGAUCCUUGAAUGACCGUAAUGAUAAACUAUUUAAUUGAAUUUCUUUCUGUCCGGCAGGCUAGUGACUACUUUACGUUUGAUGAAGAUUUCAUCAUCGUUUCUGUUGACAACACUUCGAUCAGUCAAAACUUGACCUUAGCCAAGGGCAAGCGACAAUCAGUUAUCCUCCCCUCAAACAACACACAAGAGUGGCCAAUGACUGAGGAUUUAACUGCCAAACCAGAGCAAGGCGCCAAUGCCAUUAGAUUUGUGAGUGGGAUAUAUCCACUGAAUAUAUCAACAGGCGGACUGGACUUCGGAAUUACCGAUGAAUCCCUCUACUCAAACUACUCUUUGCUCACAUAUGGAUCGACCGUCUUCACUAUAGAGAGCGGGGGAGAGUCUUGUGAAUAUUCACGAGAGUUUGGCUUUGGAAGCUCCUACACGUUAAUUAUCCCCAGCUCGUUCACCUUCGGACCUGACUGUGCGGCCUCCAUUGGUGUUGCUGAAGACAUCAAGCCCAACUCGGUGCACAUGGCGCUGCAGAUCCCUCAGUACUUCCUGAUUACUGCGGGGGAGGUGGUGUUCUCGGUCACCGGGCUGGAGUUCUCCUACUCACAGGCGCCCAGCAACAUGAAGGCCGUGCUACAGGCCGGCUGGCUCUUCACUGUGGCCAUCGGAAACUUCAUCGUGCUCAUCGUGGCGGAGCUCGCACAGAUCCCCGAGCAGUGGGCGGAGUACGUCCUCUUCGCCUCUCUGCUGGUCGCUGUGUGUGUGAUCUUCUCCAUCAUGGCACACUUCUACACCUACAUGGACCCGGCGGAGAUCGAGGCCCAGUUCAGGAAGAAGGACGACGACCACGAGGUCCGCGCAGAGAGGAAGGAGAGCAAGGACAGUCGGAGGAGCCAGAGGUCCUCCCUGGAGAUGACCGAGGGCACAGGAAGUGAUCCCAAACAGAACAGGAUGUAGACACCUGUCCAUGUGGGCUUUAGGGAGUCUUGUGUCUGUCUGUUGAGAUGUUAAUACUGCCAGUAUUGUUUUGUUGACCACUGUGUGUAAGUGUGUGUGUGUGUGUGUGUGUGUGUGUGUGUGUGUGUGUG